CAAUAGCAGACCGACCAUUACUACAAUUACUACAAUACGACACGCUUGCUGUUUUUGGUGAGCGAGGACGUGGGGAAUUGCACAAAAUACAGAUUAUUGGAGACAUUGGCAUUGGUCCAUUUUGGCGAAAUUGUUGUGACUCACUGUGGACACUUGUCUGUAAAUAAGUUUAAACAGAGCUCAGCAUAAUGGAUUCCAAACCAGAUUAUUGCGCCACUGACAACAAAGAGAAAUUGUACAUGGAGACUCCAGUGAUGUACAGCUUUCCUUUGUCCAAACAUGCUGGCUUUAAAGUGUAUCUGAAGCUGGAUAAUUUACAGCCCUCAGGCUCAUUUAAAAUCAGAGGCAUUUCAAACAUGAUACAAAAAGGUAUAGAUCGUGGAGACAGUGAGCAUGUGUAUUGUGCAUCAGGGGGCAAUGCAGGAAUGGCUGCUGCGCAUGCGUCUAAGCAGUUGGGUAUUCCAUGCACCAUUGUUGUACCCCAGACAACGCCAGAGUUUGUAAAUGAGAGGCUGAGGAAUUUGGGAGCGGAGGUAAAGGUUCAUGGCAGUGUUUAUGAUGAAGCAAAAAAACUGGCUGUUGAACUGGGCAGUCAGCCAAGAUGCAUGCUAAUUCCAGCCUUUGAGCACCCUGAUAUUUGGGAAGGUCAUGCAUCCUUGAUAAAUGAGUCAUCACGCCAGAUGUCCGAACGUCCAGACCUUGUCAUCACUUGUGUCGGUGGAGGUGGACUCCUGAACGGCAUCGUGCAGGGCAUGAGAGAUGUGGGCUGGGACGAGGUUCCUGUGCUUGCAAUGGAAACUCAUGGAGCAAACUGCUUUAAUGCUGCCAUUGCUGCUGGUGAGGCAGUCUUCAUUCCUGCCAUUACAAGCAUAGCCAAGUCUUUAGGCAGUCUGAUUGUGUCUCCUCAAACUCUAGAGUACUACAAACAAGCCUGUCCACGGAUCCUGAAUGAAAUGGUGUCUGAUAAUCAAGUGAUUGAUGCCUGCGUCCGGUUCUCAGAUGACCACCGUUUCCUGGUAGAACCCGCCUGUGGGGCUAGCCUGGCUGCUGUCUAUAGUAAUGUAGUGAAACAGCUCCAAGACAGUGGAAAGUUGGGCACGGUCAAGUCUGUCCUGGUUGUCGUGUGCGGAGGGAGCAUUGUCUCAACAGCUGUUAUGGAGAAGUGGAAGGCAGACUUUGGCAUGUGAUUUUAUGAAAUUUUAAAGAACAAAAUUGUUGAAUAUUUUUUUUU